AUGGUCUACAUAUCCAAGUUCGCCGGUGCUGUGGCCGCUGCCUACCUUGCUUCCUUAGUCGUCGCUCAUCCUGGUGAGCACCAUGAUCUCGAGGACAUCAAGCAACAGAUCAAAGCCCGCGACCAGAUGGCUUCCGCGGCCAAACGAUCCAUCGACACCUGUUCCACCUCAGUCAAGGCUCGUGAGCUCAACUCUCGCUCGCUCGCUCGCCGCGCUGAGGCUGUCCGCGACCUUCGCCAGAAGCGAAACAUCCAGUCCAAGCCCCAAAAGUACCGCCGUGAUCUGGCAACCCUCGAGGCCUUUGAGGCUGUCAACCACAAUCAGACGGAUGCUCUGUACUAUGACAGCUCCACCGAGGAGGCUACGGUCUAUUCUGCGAGCACCAGCACCGUUCUCAGCCCAGAAGUCACCGAUGGCCCAUACUACAUCCUCGGCGAGCUCAUCCGCAAGAAUGUAACAGAGGGUCAGAUCGGUAUCCCUCUCUACCUCGAAGUCCAGUACGUGGAUAUCACCACCUGUGAACCAGUCCCCGAGAUCUACGUUGACAUCUGGAACUGCAAUGCCACCGGCUUAUACAGCGGAGUUGUGGCUACCGGCAACGAGGAGUCCUGGGAUACGACCUUUCUGCGCGGCAUCCAAGCCACCGACUCGGACGGAGUCGCAUCCUUCGAGACCAUAUUCCCAGGCCACUACGAUGGCCGGGCCACCCACACGCACUUGCUAUCGCACAGCAACGUGACGGUGAUGGCGAACGGCACCAUCCAAGGCGGCGCCGUAUCCCACAUCGGCCAGCUGUUCUGGCAGGAGACGCUCCGGUCCGCCGUCGAAGAGACGUACCCGUACAACACCAACACCCAGGCCAUCACCUCCAACGCCGACGACAUGUGGUCCAUCGUCCAAGCGGGUACCAACUACGACCCGUACCCGGAGUACAUCUAUCUCGGCAACGGCAUCGAGGAGGGCCUCUUUGCGUGGAUCCAGAUCGGCAUCAACGUCACGGCGGACCAGUCCUCGUCGAGCUACUACGCCGUUGCUGGCACCAUCCAAGCUGACGGCGGACACCAGAACACCGAGUCGGGCGUUGGUGGCGCACCCGGGUCUGGCAUGGGCGGUGGGGGCUUCAACGGCACUGCACCUCCUCCUAACGGUACUGCGACUUCUUCUUAA